CAUAUGCUUGAAUGCUUUUCAAACAUGUUUCCAUAUAUGUUUGGAAAAUCAUUUGCCAUUUCAUGCCAUGACCAAGCCCCUGCCCAAUCUCCUCCUCCUCCUUUUAUGCUUCUAAUUAUUUAAGCCAAGCCCUUAACGCCCGCCCCUUCCUAAUUUCUUCUCUAUAAAACCCCGCCUUAGCAUUCUGCAACACCUCAUUGCAUUCAUUUCCAAACCCUCUCUCUCUCUCUCUCUCUCUCUCUCUCUCUCUCUCUCUCUGUUGAUGGCAAGGCUCAGCAUUGAGCCCCUGGCUGUGGGGAGAGUCGUAGGAGAAGUAAUUGAUAGUUUCACUCCAAGUGUGAGAAUGAAGGUCAGUUACAGUUCCAACAAGCAGCAGGUCUCCAAUGGUCAUGAGCUCAUGCCUUCUCUCAUCACGGCUAGGCCUCGAGUAGACGUUGGGGGUGAAGACUUGAGGACUGCUUAUACACUGAUCAUGACGGACCCAGAUGCUCCAAGCCCUAGUGAUCCCUACCUCAGGGAGCAUCUCCACUGGAUGGUCACAGACAUUCCUGGUACCACUGAUGCUUCCUUCGGAAGAGAGAUAGUGAGCUACGAGACGCCAAAGCCGUUGAUCGGAAUCCACCGAUACGUGUUCAUCCUGUUCAAGCAGAGAGCGAGACAAACGGUGAAGGAACCGCCGGCUUCCAGAGACCAUUUCAACACCAGGAAAUUCUCUGAAGACAAUGGCCUCGGCCUGCCUGUUGCUGCUGUUUAUUUCAAUGCGCAGAGAGAAACCGCUGCGAGAAGACGAUGAGAAAAGAAAGAAAGUUCAGACGAAGCAAGCAGCUGGGAUCGAUCGAUUUCGUUUUCAUGCAGAUGCAUGCAUCUCCCAUGCAUGGAGAGUAGAAGUCUUCAUCUGAAAGGGAGCAUAUAUAAAAUAUCUGAUUGUUCAAAGAUUGUGGCAGUCUCUAUGGUGUGAUACUACGUACCGUAUUACUAGCUAUGAUGUGAUUGGAUUUGGCGUCCUUUCACUUCUUUAAGGAUAUUUUCUUUCACAGUACUUGUGAUAAAUAGUGAACUAUAAAUUUUAUAUCGAAGAGAAAAGUACACAAGAUUAGAGUAAUUCGUAGUUAUGAAAAGUACACAAGAUUAGAGUAAUUCAUAUAUAACUACGAGAAGUAACGAUUGCUGUAUUACUUUAAUUAA